GAGCCUCUGACGUAGCUACGUGUACGUACGUCCAAAGGGGGAACGGCACGUCUGAAGAAAGAACUGUUGAGAAAAAGCUGCACAGGCUAAACAACACGUAAUCGAGUGCUGAAAGGUGAGCCAUGCGCCGCACAGCCAUACGCAAAGUACCAGGACCUGGCGACGAACAAGCUCCCCCUGACAGUGCCUCAAAGAUGGAUCCCACUGACAACUCUGAGGAGGACGCUCCCGUGGAGGAGAACGGAGGAGGAGACGCUGAGGCCUCAGCAGGGGCCGCAGGAGAGAAGGGAGACGGUGGAGAGAAAGAGACAGAAGCCCCGGCAGAAGGAGGUGAUGGAGAGGGAGAGCCGAAAGACAAGGAGGGAGGAGAGGGGGAAGCCAAAGCCGACGGAGAGGCUGGUGAAGAGUCUGGAAAGAAGAAAAAGUCGAAGGACAAGAAAGAGCCUGUGGUGCUGUUAUCAAAGCUCGAUUCAUCCAUCACAUCCCUUAUUGUUCCGAACUGUGGCAGGGACAAGGAGGGUGGUGAGGGCAAAGUUAAAAAGGUGAAGAAGUCCAUCCCGGCCUGGGCCACCCUGCCCUCCGUCAAGCGCACAGGUCAGAAGACCGCCGUGCAGCACCCCAAGCUGCACGACAUCCUCAUCGAGGCUAUUCAGAACUGCAAAGAAAGGACUGGUGCCUCGGCCUUCUCCAUCCUGAAGUACAUCAUGAACAAAUAUGAUUUCCUGGAGCUAGACAAGAGGAAAUUCCUUCUCAGGAAGUCCAUGAAGCGGCUGGUGGAGAAAGGGGCUAUCAAACAGCUGAAGGGCAAGGGCUUUCAGGGGAGCUUCACGAUUGGAAAUCUUAAAGCGGUGUCCAACGUUUCCAGUAAGAACCCCCCUGUGGCGGUGGCUCCAGGUGUGAAGGGAGAGACUCUGGUGGACUGCCUGCCGCUCAUCAUGACGCGGCUCUGUGAGCCCAAAGAGGCCUCGUACAUGCUCAUCAAGAAGUACCUGGCAGAGCACUACCCCAAGAUGGACGUGGAGAAGAGGCCAGAUCUGCUGAAGAACGCCCUGCAGAAGUCUGUGGAGAAGGGUCAGCUGGAGCAGAUCACCGGCAAAGGAGCCAGCGGCACAUUCCAGCUGAAGAAAUCGGGAGACAAGCCGGCGACGGUCCUGGAGGAUGCCAUAGUGACAGCCAUCAUUGCCAUGAAUGAGCCCAAGUCCUGCAGCAUCACCACGCUCCGCAAGUUCCUUAUCCAGAAUCACAAGGACAAGAAAGAGCACCACAUCUUGGCCCAGCUGAAGAGGACUCUGAAGAAGGGGAAGACCAUGGGCUGGAUCGAGCAGAUUACAGGCCAGGGGCUGAGCGGGAGCUACCAGCUCUCCUACCCCUAUUACCCUAGCCCGGCAAUCCUGUUUCCAGACAAGGUAGCGAAGGAGAAGAAGAGGGAGGAGGAGAAGGCCAAGCGCAAGAGGAUGGCCGAGUCGGAGGACGAGGAGUCGGAGGAGGAGUCUGAGGAAGAAGAGGAGUCUGAGGACGAUGAACCCCCUCCUAAACGAAGAGGACCGCAGAAGAGGCCUGCCGCUAAGGCCGCCGCCUCCCAGAAGAAGGGCAAGGCCACCAGCAGGAGAUCGGCUCCGGCAAAGCGCUCGGCACCCCCGGCCAAAAAGGCGGCGCCACCCGCCAAAAAGGCCAAGAAUGCCAAGAAGGGGGCCGCAGGCAAGAAGGCAGCCGCCCCAGCCAAGUCCACACCGGUCAAGAAAGCUGCACCGGCACGCACCCCCAAAGCACCAGUCGCCAAGAAGUUGACCAGCCGGGUGGCCAAGAGACCACCUGGCAAGAAGGCACCCGCCACCAAAGCAGACGAGACUGUCAAGCCCAAGGCAGCCAAGGCCGAGCAGGCGGCCAAAGCCAAGGGGGGCAAGGCAAAGCAAGCGGUGAAGGCUAAACCAGCUGCCCGCAAGUCCGCUCGGGGGAAGAAGUGAGCUUGCCGACAGGGGCGCCGCUGGUGGUGACGUUUACUCGUAGCUCAGUAGACUGUUGUGCUUUGCCUCCCCUCCCGCCUUCCUCAACCCACACAAGGGGUCUUGUUUUUCUGUGUGUUUGUUUUUUUUAACUACAUUUUUUUGUAUAGGUUCAUCCUAGCGUACUGUUUAAUUACAUGAGAUGGGUGAACAAUGAUGUCAUAGAAACAGAGUUCCAGUUUCAUUUUGAAGGUCAGGAUACUUUACUGUACUUGUUCCUUUUUUCUUCUCGCUCUGUUUUCAAAAUACAUUUCCAAUGGUCAAACGGUGUCUUGCUUUUUUUUAAUUAAGAAUUGAAGAACCUUAGAAAAUCUCAGUAUUUUAUCAAAAUUGUUCUCUGGUCUUUACCAAAUCUAACACACAAGUGAAAAAUAAGUUCCGUUUGCCUCAUUACCAGUUGGCUCAGUGUAUGUACUGUAUUUUGAGAUGUUGGUCUUUUUUGUUGUUUUGUCAAGAUGUGGGGUUUUGGGAGGGUUUUUGUUUUGUUUUGUUUUUUUGUCACUGUGUGAAGUUAAUUUGUUCCUCUGGAAGAUGGAGGGUUUUCUUUAUCAGGCACUAACUUAAAUCUCUGUAAAAGAGAGACUAGUAUCAUUAGCUUUCAUGAAGGGUUUUUGGUCCAUUUUUUAGAAUGAGCAUUGAUGUACUGAAGCAUGGUAUUGUACUUCAUAAAUGACCCCCACAUCAAACAAAUUGGCGUUUGUUUAAAAAAAUAUAAAUGGCCAUGUAUUUGUCUUUGACAGACUAAAUCGGACCUCUGCUAUCUACUGACAACAUUGGGAGAGAAUGUUGAGCAGUUACACUGAUUAAUGUGUAUUAUGGUGUGCAUAUACAGCAUCAAAGGAUUUUUUUUGUCAAAUUCAUAGUAUUCAAUACAGCGCAGAAGUUCUAUUCAAUUAUAUUCUAUGUAUUGGUGAACUCAUGAGGAUAAGAUGGCUUUCUUUCUAUGAGCAUGGCUCAUGCUCUGCAUGCUGUUAAACUUUCACUGAUCUGCUUUCCUGUAGUCAUUAAUAAAGUGACUAUAUUUGUA